GUUUUUGAACCGGAAGUGUAUUACGAUAACCCGGAUGUCGAUUGCAGCGGCUGCUUGAAACACAAUUUUGAAUGGUUGGGUUUUUAUAAAGGUUGAGACGACUGUUAGACGGCAUCAUGGCGCACAUCACCAUCAACCAGUACCUGCAGCAGGUCUAUGAAACAAUCGAUAACCAGAGGGGCACACUCUGCGCCGAGCUGCUAUCUUUUAAACAUCCGCACGUUGCCAACCCUCGGCUCCAGCUUGUUAAUCCAGAGGACAAAUGUCAGCAAGUUCUUGAGCCGCCAUAUGACGAGAUGGUGGCCGCCCAUCUCAGGUGUACAUAUGCGGUUGCCAAUCACGACUUUGUGGAAGCCUACAAGUUCCAGACCAUUGUGGUCCAAUCCUUUUUGAGAGCAUUUCAAUCCCACAAAGAGGAGAACUGGGCACUUCCUGUCAUGUUUGCUGUCACUCUUGAUCUUAGAAUAUUUGCUAACAGUGCAGAGCAGCAGCUGCAGCAGAAGGGCAAAGGUCAGCCAAGUGAGAUGUUGGAAAAAGCAGCCGAGCAACUGAUGAGCUGCUUUCGAGUUUGUGCCAGCGACAAUCGGGCUGGGAUCGAGGAUUCCAAGAAGUGGGGAAUGAUGUUUCUGAUCAACCAGCUGUUUAAGAUCUACUUCAAGAUCAAUAAGCUGCAUCUGUGCAAGCCGCUCAUCAGAGCCAUCGACAGCUCCAACCUGAAGAAUGACUACAGCCCGGCUCAGAAGGUCACAUACAAAUACUACGUAGGCCGCAAGGCCAUGUUUGACAGCGACUUCAAACCAGCGGAGGAGUUUUUGUCCUUUUCCUUUCGACAUUGCCAUCGCAGCAGUCAGAAGAACAAGAGAAUGAUUCUCAUUUACCUGCUGCCUGUUAAGAUGCUGCUGGGCCACAUGCCAACACUGCAGCUGCUGGACAAGUAUGACCUGUUGCAGUUUGCAGAUGUCACCAAAGCUGUCAGUGAGGGCAACCUGCUGCUGCUGAAUGAGGCUCUGUCCAAACACGAGACCUUCUUCAUCCGCUGCGGCAUUUUCCUCAUCCUGGAGAAGCUGAAGAUCAUCACCUACAGGAACCUCUUCAAGAAAGUGUACCUGCUGCUGAGGACCCACCAGCUGCCUCUGCACACCUUCCUGGUAGCUCUGGAGAUGAUGAAGGUGGAGGAUGUGGACAUCGAUGAGGUGCAGUGUAUCCUGGCUAACCUUAUCUACAUGGGUCACAUUAAAGGUUACAUCUCCCACCAGCACCAGAAACUUGUGGUCAGCAAACAGAAUCCAUUUCCUUCGCUAUCGUCAAUCUCCUAGACUUGACUCUCAGACUGUGAUGCUCGGCAAACUUUUUUUAGACUUCAUUUUUUUUUUACUGUACAACAUGAAAUAAAAAGUAUUGGCUG